AUGAGUCGCGACGAUCGAGCCAGAGCUUUAAGAGAGUUCGGGAAAUCCUUCAAAAAGGUGACACGCUCAAAAUCGGCAGCACCGCGGAGAAGAAAACGACGGAAAGAUCGAGAGAAAAGGAAGAAAAGGACACGAUCCGAGCCAUUGCUUUUCCCAUCGGAUAGACAAAGAUUGAGAGAUGAAGGAGCUGGGGGAAGGCAAAGGAGUUUGUCGCUAAGAGAUGAGGAACGUCCAAAGAAACAUCACGGAGAAAAAGGGGAUCGAGUGAGACACAAAAAUGGUCAUGCGACAGAGCCAAAAGCUGAGAAGAUAUCACUCGUGAAAGUUUUUGCGCAAAGGAGAGAGCAAAGAAUGUUGGCCGUUUAUGGAAUCAAUGGGAUACAGACCUCGAUUCUCGAUGUCGAAGGGCAAGCAGCUGCGAAUGCGUUUUAUCGAUCGAUUGACGCGAUGCCAAACAUGAAUGUGGCUCGGAUGAAGACCACUGUGCCGCUAGUCUCUGAAUUGACAAUGCAAACGAAGAGAGCCCAAGCCGGUCUUGCCAGCGCUGCAAAGACCACUUUUGGCAAUGAGGAAUUGAAAGCUUUGGUCUAUCGAAAAACUCUGCAAGCCGUCAUCUACCCAAUCUCGUGCACGACACCGCACAACUUUCAGACGACGAAUUUCCAGACGCCUACCUGGUGCUACGAGUGCGAGGGUUUACUGUGGGGACUCGCGCGACAAGGCCUGCGCUGCACGGAAUGUGGAGUGAAAGUACACGAGAAAUGCCGGGAAUUGUUGUCGGCGGAUUGUUUACAAAGAGCUGCCGAGAAAUCGUCAAAGCACGGCGAGGGUGAUCGAACACAAAGCUUAAUAGCCGGGAUAAAGGAUCGGAUGAAAAUUCAAGAGAGAAACAAGCCGGAACUCUUCGAAACGAUUAGACAAGUCUUCGGGGUGGACGACCGAACACAAACAGAGACGCUGAAACAAGUGAAAGCCUCAGUUUUGGAGGGAAGCAGCAAAUGGAGUGCGAAGAUUACGUUGACAGUGAUCUGUGCCCAGGGAUUGAUUGCAAAGGACAAGACUGGGAAGAGUGAUCCGUAUGUGACGGCACAGGUAGGAAAAGUGCGACGCCGAACGCGAACGAUUCAUCAAGAGUUGAACCCGGUUUGGAGCGAGAAAUUCUUCUUUGAAUGUCACAAUUCGACUGAUCGAAUCAAGAUCCGCGUUUGGGAUGAGGACAACGAUUUGAAAAGCAAAUUGAGACAGAAGCUUACGCGCGAGAGUGACGAUUUCUUGGGUCAAACGGUGAUCGAGGUGCGAACGCUGAGCGGGGAAAUGGAUGUUUGGUAUAAUUUGGAAAAGAGAACCGACAAAUCGGCUGUCUCGGGAGCGAUCCGUUUGCACAUUUCGGUGGAGAUUAAAGGAGAGGAAAAGCUGGCUCCAUAUCAUGUACAGUACACAUGUCUACACGAGCAUUUAUUCUCGUCACAUUGCACCGACAACGACGAGGUUCGGCUCCCGGAUGCGAAAGGCGAGGACGCUUGGAAGGUGUUUUUCGAGGAAAUCUCGCAGGAGGUGAUCGACGAGUUCGCGAUGCGUUACGGUAUCGAGGGGAUCUACCAGGCGAUGACCCAUUUCGCGUGCCUCUGCACCCGGUACAUGUGUGGCUCUGUGCCCGCCGUUCUCUCAACUCUUCUCGCCAACAUCAAUGCCUUCUAUGCACAUACAACAGUCACUUCCACUGUGUCAGCAUCGGAUCGUUUCUCAGCGACGAAUUUUGGAAAGGAGCGCUUCGUUCGUCUUCUCGACCAACUGCACAAUUCGCUGAAAAUCGAUUUGGCAAUGUAUCGGAGUAAUUUCCCCGCCUCUUCACCGACGAAACUCCAGGAUUUGCGGAGCACAGUCGAUUUGCUCACGUCGAUCACCUUCUUUCGCAUGAAAGUACUCGAAUUGGCUUCACCGCCGCGCGCCUCGAAUGUAGUCAAGGAGUGCGCGAAGGCGUGCAUGCAAGCCACCUACCAGAUGCUUUUCGAGCGCUGCUGUGAGAGUGGUGGGCCAUCAGUGGACUCAGUGCAAUUCUGGUAUUAUUUCAUCGACGAGUUGAUGCGAACGAUUGAAGAAGAUCAACAGGAUUAUACACCCGCGUUGAAUCAAUUCCCGCAGGAGCUCAACGUUGGUCAAUUAUCCGCGGCAACGCUGUGGUACUCGUACAAGAUGGAUCUCCAGAUUGCAUUGGAAGAACACGCCGAAAAGAAGAAAUGUCAGACGCGAGAAUACAUGAAUUUGUACUUCAAAGUGAAAGGGUUCUACUUCAAGUACAUCGCCGAUUUGCCCCAAUAUAAACAGUCGAUUCCCGAGUUCCCAGCG